UUCCUCCCCAGGGCCGAUCCCGCCCCGGGCCGAUCCCGCUCGCUGUGCGGCCGAGCCCGGGGAGCGUGCGCGGUGCGGGCGGGCCCCGCGGAAGCAGCGGAGGGCAGCGGGCCCGCGGCGGGGAUGAAGGACCGGCUGGCAGACCUGGCGGAGCACAAAGGAAAUGAAGAUGGGGAGACAGUUAUCAUUGAGAAAGACCAUUUUAUGGAUGACUUCUUCCAACAGGUUGAGGAAAUUAGAAAUAAUAUAGCAAAAAUAGCACAAAAUGUGGAAGAAGUGAAGAAGCAGCACAGCAUUAUCCUGUCAGCACCAAAUCCUGAAGGAAGAACAAAGGAAGAACUUGAAGAACUAAAUGAGGAAAUAAAGAAGAUUGCUAAUAAAAUCCGGGCCAGGCUAAAGGCUAUUGAGCAGAGUUUUGAUCAGGGUGAAAAUGCGAAUCGGACAUCAGUGGACGUCAGGAUCAGAAAAACACAGGUAGGAUUCCUCAGCUCAGAGAAAAUCCGUGGAUUCUGGAGGAGUGGAGAAUGGGUUGGACUGUUCUGGACUCACUUCAGAGCUUGUGUGCUGCUUUGUUGGGCUGGAACUGGGAAGACCACCACUGAUGAGGAGCUGGAAGAAAUGCUAGAGAGUGGUAAUCCUUCCAUUUUCACUUCUGAUAUCAUAUCAGACUCCCAGAUAACCAGGCAGGCCCUGAACGAGAUCGAGUCUCGCCACAAGGAUAUCAUGAAGCUGGAGUCCAGCAUUCGGGAGCUCCACGAGAUGUUCAUGGACAUGGCAAUGUUUGUUGAGACUCAGGGUGAAAUGAUCAACAACAUAGAAAAGAACGUGAUGAAUGCCACAGAGUACGUGGAACAUGCAAAAGAAGAGACAAAAAAGGCAGUGAAAUAUCAAAGCAAAGCACGCAGGAAAAUGUGGAUAAUUAUCAUUGUGUCAGUGGUGUUGAUUGCCAUAGUAGCUCUAAUUAUUGGUUUGUCUGUGGGUAUUCGGUGAUGCUUGGAUAACCUCAGCAUGCAUGGCUGCCUGCCACUGUGGCAAAACUGAUGUUCAUAAUAAUCUGUGUAACUGUAUUGCUUCUGAUACUUGGAAUUAUCCUAGCAACAACCCUGUCCUAGCAAGCACAUUCCAAGAGUUUCCAGCCUGCAGGAACUGCAGAGCAUCUCCAGUGAAACCAAACCUUUUCCACACACGAUGCCUUACACUGUCCCACCGUGAUGACCUGUCAGCAGUGCUUAAAAAUGAAAGCAAAAUCACUCUUAAUGUUUACUUGUAAAUGAAAAUCAGAAUGUAUUAGGGUGUGUAUGGAUUGUACAUCAUAAACUCGACACUUGUAAGACUGAAACUUUCUUUUGAACUAAAGUAACUUGGAGUUUUUUCACAUCUCAGUGUUACAGUUGGAAUAGGGAGUUGAGAGACUAUUGAAUUUUGACCUUUUUUUGGCUUUUUUUUCCUAUUGCUAACCUAACUCUAAUCAUGACUUUAAGUACCUUGCCAGUGCUGCCUUCGUUAGCACUCUUGUGAAUAUUUUUAUGAGAUGUAGCCUUGUGUUUAAUUGUAUUAAUUAGUCACCUUAACCUAUUGAAACUUUAUGCUUUUUCUCCAACAAGUGCUAAAAUAUUUUAUCCUGAAGAGACACUCAUUUAACUGCCUAGUGCAUUACACCUGAGAAGAAAAAAAGCUUUUUUACACUUGCCUGUUUAUUUUUUCUUUCAAGGUUAUUGCUUUAAAUGCUUCCUUCUUGGUUAAUACAAAGUUAAUUGCAACAUUUCUGGUAAAAGCAUACAGCUCUGCAAUGCUGAAUUUGCACUGGAGCAGGUAAUUUUUACAGGUAAUUCUUGUGCAGAGGAAACUGGUGGAUCACUUCAGCCUUGUUGCUUAUAUGAGUAUGACAAAAAUGACUUUAUAAAGCCAAAUCAAGUUUCCUUGCUGUGGAGUUUGCAAAUGUUGAUGUAUGAAUACAGCAGAUGGGGAUGAACUGCCCCAGAAGGGUCUGAAAUUGAAUCCAGACACUGAUUUGUUAUGAGAUCUGUGUGGCUAUAACAUGUAUGAAGUGUUUUGGUGUACACAUGCCUGAUGUAACGCCAGCUUGCACCACUUGAAAGCUUCAAAGAACUCAAAUGUACCUAAAUAACUGCAUUUAAUGUUACAGGUUAUUUUUGUAUUUUUGUGUGUAAAAUAUUUGUAACUUGGGUUUGUGGCUCCUCAUUGUUGAAGCAUAUCCAUGUAGAUAUGUAGAUAUAUUUACACUCAAAGAGAAAUAGAGGAGAGCAUAAUUUGUGCCUUUUUAAACAUAGUCUAAAACUACUCUCAUCAAUGUUUUCAGAUAUUCAGCUCUCAUGUUGGCUGCAGUAACUCAGUCCUGAAAGUUUAGAAUCCUUAAACUUGGGUUUUGUUGAAAGUGUCUGAGAUUGAAGUUACUCAGUAAGGGAGAACUGAGACUUCAGAGAGCUCAGCCAAGUUUACACUUUCUGUCGAAUGCAUGAGUAUUCCUGCUUUGCUGUCCAGGUGUACUGUGAAAAUGCUGGAGCUGUUCAGAUGUCAAACAUGUUGGAAAGAGAAAACACACAUUGUUGUUGUUGUUGUUAUUGUUAUUGGUCUCUCUACACGUCAGCCAUAAAGAAGUCGCUUGAAAAAUCCGGCUUCAACAAUGAACAAAUUCCUUUUACCUCUGAGUCCAGGAUGCUCACUGAUGUUUGGGAGGACGUUUACAUGCAAAGGAAGGAAGGAUUGGUUGCCUUAAUGCUCAUUCUAGGUAGAUAUUUUUUAUUCUGUAGUUUUCUAGAUUUUUAUCAGUAAACAUUAUUUAUACAGGUAUGCAAAUUAGAUGGGGGUAAAAAGAUCACUCCUGCUGUUUACCAGCUGUUUAUGUAAACUGCCCCUCCAAAUGCUGUCAUGUUGAAUUCUGUUCCUGUGAUGCACUAAUCUGCCCACCAAGACCAGAAAUCCCAACAGGCUACUCCACAGUUUUUACUUCUUGUUGAACAGCUGCCUCAGUGAGUUUGUUUUAAAGCAAAACAGACCUUUUCACAUGAACCUCUUGGUCUGGUUCAUAUUGGAGGGGAGUAAAUCUCCAAGCUGUGCACUAAUAAACUGAUGUAAGCGAGUCUGCUGUGUCUGCUGUGUGUCCUGCUGAGUGUCCCAGGAGGUGUCUGAGUGACACCAAACACAGGGCAAGGUGUGGUGGCUUUCCUGCAGCUUUUCACCAGAGCAGUGUAGAGACAGGAAGGAAACAAUGGAUCUGUUCAUUUAAGCUGUGCCCAUGGGGGAGUUUAAUUAGAGAAAACCCCAAGGUUUCAUUGAGUGCUCUCUUCAUACACAAAUAAUUUGUGACAGCUCCUGGAACAGUCUGAGAGCAGUGAGGUUUGAGAUUGAACACCAAAGCACUUUGAAAAUGCCCAGUUAAUGACUACAUAUCAGUAAAAACACAGGGAAUAUGUUAGAUUAGAUAGCUGCUCUUACAAAGUGCAGGAUGAGCAAAACCAGAUGGUUUAAAUGGGCAGGGAUGUGCUGCCAGACCUGGACAGGAGGGAGCUGGAUGGGAUCAGCUCAAGCUGUUCUGCCCUCUGUGUGGUGUGAAGCACAGCACAGAGUUCCAGGCAGAGCAGCCUUGGUUUAUCAGCACCACUGGGGUUUCGAUGAGUGGAGCCUGAUAAAGUGGAGAAGACAAAGGGAAAGGAGGGAGCUGCUGCCUGUAUGGAUGCUUUUCUUUAAAAGAAUCCCAUCAUUUAAAAUAAAAGUUGUGCUGAGUGUUGCUUUGA